UUAAGGAUGGGAUAAUUGCUUUUUUUUUCUUCUGAUGUUAUGUUAUUAUUCGAUAAUGGAGACCGGGAUAGUAUGGAGCACGUAUGUCGAUGAUAGGAACGAUGAUUGCCGAGGCAUUUCGCCGGCAGAAAUGACAGCGCAUUUCAUGUAUGUUGAAGAGAUCUUGGGCCUUCUGCCUUGGUAGUUGCAGCAAAUCCCUAUAACCCCACUGGAUUAGCACGGCUACAUGAUACCAUGAGCUGUAAAACCUGUAUUUAACCCUCAAUUAAUUGCGAUUCUUCUCUGUCGCCUGUUGUCUGUACGGCAUAGCUUCGGCUUCACGUGAUACGACAGCUGGCGGGGGUGCUCCAAGCAUUCUGGAUGCUAUAAAUAAGGAAGCUGGACAUCGAGGAAAGUCGGUAUACAGGGUGAUCCGGUUUUUGUUGACGCUGCUCGGUCUACCGUUCAUCUUCACGAUACAGUUUUUGACCUGUCUCCUCUAUCCAUCACAAUCAUGCCCGUGGAUAAGAUCAACGUCUCCGGGGAUCCGAGGAUCCAACAUCGAACUGCAGAUCUCAACGGCAAAGAAUAUGGCUAUCUCUACAGUCAACCCGAAUCGGGCCAAUAUAGAGCGACUAUCUUUCUGAUUCAUGGAUUCCCCGACUUGUCUAUGGGGUGGCGAUAUCAGAUCCCCAUGUUGCUCAACAAGGGACUCCGGGUUAUUGCGCCCGAUUGUCUAGGAUACGGAAAGACGGAUGCUCCAGAAGAAGCCGCACAUUACUCCCACAAAAGCUGUGCAGAUGAUAUCAAAGAGCUUGCAUCUCAGCUGGGUCUGUCCAAAAUCAUCGUCGGAGGACACGACUGGGGUGCUGCCCUCGCCUAUCGAGUUGCCCUCUGGCAUCCGGAUCUAGUCAGCCACGUCUUCACCGUCUGUGUGCCUUUCACCGCUCCAACAAGGAAAUACAUUCCUCUCAACGAAUUCGUCGAAACCAUCGCCCCUCAUUUCGCCUACCAGUUGCAGUUCCAGAGUGGUGAUCUGGAAAAGGCCAUUCAAACAGAAGAUGAUAUUAAGAGAUUUCUCUCCGCAAUGUAUGGCGGCAAAACCGAGGAGAAAGACGUGGCGUUCUAUGCUGAGUAUGGGGUCGUCCUCGACAAUCUGCCUCGAUUGCAGCCAUCGAGGUUAUUGAGUGAUGAGGAACUUGACUAUUAUGCAAAAGAAUUCUCUCGACACGGGAUUCAUGGUCCAUUAAAUUGGUAUCGAACCCGUGAAAUCAACUAUAAAGACGAGCUCUCCAUCCUUAAUCGGCGCAUGACGGCCCCCGUCCUCUUCAUCCAAGCCCUCAAAGACACAGCCCUCCCAGCACACCUGGGCAAAGGAAUGACUAGGACCAUCCCCCAUUUGACAUUCCAACAAGUCAACACAUCGCACUGGGCACUGUGGGAAAAGCCAGAAGAAAUAAAUGAAAUUAUUGCGUGGUGGUUGGAGGAGGUGGUCUUUGCGGAUCCAAGAGCCUUCAAAUUGUAAGAUGGUCAUAAAAGGUAUAUUAUACAUUUGCUUAGCAAUUUUUUUAUUGUGCCGUUGUUUUAUCUUUGCGUGUUUUAAAGACUGUAUAUUUACAUGGGUUUUGGGGUUCAAUCUUGGGGAUUUCGGGAAUCAUUCUUUGUCUUAUAAUUCUGGUUC